UUAAUGGUGGAUGAAGAGAUAAAUAUUCUGCGCAGUUUAGAGGAGAUUCUACGUGAAGCAGUUGCAGUAACGACGCUAACCUCAAAAGAACUUUCCGAAGUGAACUUGGCUUUUGAAAAUGUAAAAGGAAAAACUUUUUGGGAAUGUGACAGGUUUAUGGGUCUCAGUGUUCAAGAAUAUUUGAAAGCAUCACAAAAUUGUGUUAAAAUUGCUGCAACUGUGAUCGACAAAUGUUUUAUUGGAGAUCGGGUGAAACAUCCAAAAGUGAAAGAAGAAGACGCUCUUGAUUCUUUUUUUUCUGCUAGAAGGGAAGCAAUAGAAAGAACCAUAGUUAUCGACAAGACCAGUUUACCGUUUUUUAAAGACGUAGUUGGCUUGGAUGAAGCAAAGAUCGCAAUGCGGGAAGCAUUAAUUGAUCCAUUCACAUACCCGGAAUGGUUUGCUUCUUCUGGAUUAAAACCGUGGCGUUGUGUUCUUCUGUAUGGUCCUCCUGGGACAGGAAAGACACACCUUUCACGCUCCAUCGCUCGUGAAGUGAACUGCCGUUUUUAUCAGGUAUCUUCUUCGGACUUGAUUUCGACUUGGAGCGGGCAGAGCGAAAAAUUAAUACGCGAACUCUUCAAUCAUUCACUCAGUUAUGAGGGUGUAUCUGUUAUCUUCAUUGAUGAAGUUGAUAGUCUGUGUCGAGUGCGAUGCUCUAAUGAAGACGAAAGUACUAGGAGAGUAAAGACAGAACUUCUACUGCAGAUUCAGAGGCUACAUUGUUCAGAAAAUAACACGGUAUUAAUCUGUGCUACAAACUGUCCGUGGGAUCUUGAUGCUGCUUUCUUGAGAAGAUUUGAAAAAAAAAUCUAUGUUGGUUUACCAGAUUUUGAAGCAAGACAAAGUCUACUCAGAAAAUUGCUCGGAAAAGUUUGCGUGGAAAACAGUGUUGACUGGGAUUUUCUGGCCGAUUCUACGAAGGGAUUCAGUGGUGAUGACUUAAGAAGACUGGCUAGGGAGGUUGCAUUUGUGCAGUUUCGCAAGUAUAAGGUUGAGUAA